AUGGAAGGUCCCGGGCGAUGUUUGGAAGCCUUCGCCGUUGCUCUCAACACGAGCUGUGACGGGAAUGUUUGGUACACAUCGACAAAGGAGCUUCAGCUGGCGUCUUUGCAGUUUUGUGUGAAGUGCAGAAAGGUGCCUUCGUUGCAUCUUGCUGUCAACAACGCGCACGUGCCUGCCCGCCUGUGGAACGAUCAUGCUGCUACGGAGGCUCGCACAGGAGCAAAACGGCCCAGUACUACGCCCGUGCCGGUGUUUCGGCCGCGCGAGGUGACUUGGGGACGACCAGCUUGGUUGCUAUCAGACAUAUGCCUUGUGUUUGCUAAAGUGGAGCGUUUUCUUGUCCGCCAAGACACCGUGGUGGACGAUGUGGUAUGGCCAUGUAGGCUCAAGAAGCUGUUCUUCGGCGAGGGAUUCGAUACGCCGGUGGACCACGCUGCGUGGCCGGCUUCACUUGAGGAAAUCACGUUCGGGAAAAAGUUCAAGCGGCCGAUCAAUGGUAUAUCGUGGCCAAGAGCGCUGAAAAGGCUAACGUUCGGCCUCAACUUCCAACCAACCCAUCGACAAUGCCGUCUGUCCACCUCCCCUACAAGUUUUGAUCUUUGGAGACAUGUUCAACCAGCCUAUUGACACCGUGUCGUGGCCGGCUUCGCUCCGGGAACUUACUCUUGGAUUCUCCUUCAACCAACCCAUCAGCACGGUCUCGUGACCCCCAAAGUUGCAACGCUUAGUCUUCGGAUGUUUUUUUGAUCAGCCGAUCGAUGGCGUCCGAUGGCCAGCGUCAUUGCAACAGCUCAUCUUCGGGAACGACUUCAACCAGCCGUGUUACG